GGCACGAGCCUGACCAGGUCCGUCCGCCCAUCGCCCGUGUCGACAUCGGACAUCAGCGCCUUGGGCAGUGCCCGGUGGGCCAAGAACUACGAUGUCUGCAUCUGCCACAGUGAGGUGGACCUGGAGCUGGUGGAGGAGCUGGUCUCCUACCUGGAGGGUCAACCCGAAAGCUUCCGUUGCUUCCUCCAGCUGCGGGAUGCGGCGCCGGGCAGCGCGGACGUGGAUCGGAAGGAUUAUCCCAAGGAGCUGCGAAACCUCUACUACAUCUACAUGGCGCUGAAGGAGAACAGCUUCAGGCAGAUCAGAGACACCGUCGUGCGCUACCUCCAGGAGGUGUGCAGGAGCUCCACAC